AUGGUAUUGUGGACUGAGCCAGCGCAGCCAAAAGUACCAGCACAGGGAGGAACACGCAACGGCUCGCACUUCAGUACUACAUACCUUGGACAACAAGCAUAUAGUGAAAUACGACGAUUUGUAGUGGUGUUGAAGCAACAUGGAAGUUCUAUUUGCUGUCCUAUACACACAUACUCCAAUCAAGCGACACUCAAACCCAAUCUUCCCCUACCCGAACGGCAUACGAUCAUACAUACCACAUCAUAUGUUCCACGACAACACUCUUGCAUAUCAAAAAACGGCACCGUGGAAAUGGAGAACCUCAUCUUAGACCCAAUUCGGGUCAUGAGCGAAAGCAGUGAUCGCGAAGGCGAGCUAAAUAAAUUUAGCCGCUUGAACUACAGCAAAGUCUAUACUGUAGAACAUUAUGUCCGCGUGUUGAAUAUCGGGAAGGUGGCUAGAGAGUCAAUGAACUCGCUAUCAUAUGGGUAUAAUCAAUCCGCCAGUCCAGUCAGUUCACAGCGGCCACGUCGGCAUCGUCCACCUGCAAAUUCAUCCUAUCAGUCCUCCAGCCGUCGUAGCAGGUAUCACAACGAUCGUGAGAGUCGUGAAGCCGGACGUCAUUAA